AUGGUUUCAAAGCCCCUUAGCGACGCCAAGUACAAGAGGAAUACGUCGCUAAAGUUUGAGUUUAUUGGUGUCAACGCGACGAUAACGAUGAUAUCGCGAGAGGAGGAGGAGGAGGAGAAAGACGAGAAUGAAGCCGAAGAUGAUCCACAGGCUUCGGAGGCGGCAUUGCGGCUGAAGGCUUUGCUGCGGCGCGAAGGCUUAGACACUGCCGCGGCCGCGGACUCCGUGGUCACGAUUCUGCCGCCCAGUUCUGCCAACACAAUUCUGCCUGGCUCGGUGAACACAAUUCUGCCUGGCUCCUUGGCCACAGCUGUGCCCGUGGAGGUAUCGGAGAGGGCGCUGCCUCUGAUCUUCGGCUGCGUGCUUGCUGCGUGGCUCCUUUGGCUCUGCAGCCGCCAACUGGAGCAUCUUCCACAAGGAAUCCCCGCCAUCCUACUCGGGCUGUGGAUGACAUUUCAGGUGCACAAGGUGCAGAAUUUUGCUGUUCUCGUAAAGCCUGUCUUGGUUUGGAUGUGGCUCGCCACACUUCCCGGCUUUGAUCGGAUGACCUGGUGGGCUCUGGGCCUUCAAAUGCCGAGCGCACUGGUCAGUGCGGGUGCCAUCUACCUCUGGGCCGUUGAGCAAGAGAAGGCUUCUGCAGACACCGGAUAUUCAGACUGUUCUCAUGAUUUAUGGAUUGCUUUAUAA